AUGUUUCUUGAGGUUUUAAUGGCUGAUGCCAGCCAGUUACAAGUCCUCGGCGUGGCAAGCAUCUUUGUUGGUUUGACAUACUUGAUGUAUGUCCGCUAUUAUCGAUACCAGUUUGUCAAUAGCAUUAUCAGAAAGUAUCCUGAUCCUAAUAUUGUGCUUGAGAAUCAUGAUAUUGCCAUGGAGAUUUACAGCAACAUCUUUCGCAAAGAAUUCCCAUUAUUUGCACGUUCAUCACUUGAAUUUGCAUUGUUCAAGCCGUUUGCCACACCCUCUGUAAGCAAGCUUCUUGUUUCCACUCGAGAGUUUCUGGACCGAUGCCCUCGUCGUGCUGAAGAUACAGAGCUCAUCUUAUCAGAGAUCAUUGAUGCAUACCCACGUAUCCAAAAUGAGAUGCGCAACAACCCUCACAUUUCGGAGAAGGAUAUAUGCCAGCAGUAUGAGCGACGGGAAGCAUCUAUCAAUCGGUUGAAUGAACUGCAUGGAAAGUACAAUAUCUCCAACGACGACUAUCUGUACACCUUGGUUUUGUUUGUAGCAGAGCCAAUUCGAUGGAUUAACAACUGGGAAUGGAGAACUCUGGAUAUUCGAGAAGUGAAUGCUAUCUUCAAGGUCUGGCAUGAAAUUGGUACCAAAAUGCACAUCAAGGACAUUCCGGAUACCUUGGAUGAAUGGUACGAGAUACAAAAGAAAUACGAAUUCACGUCUGUGACAUACCAUCCUGCCAACUGGAAGUGUGCCGAUCCAACGAUAAAGCAUCUAGGAAGAAGAUUACCCGGAUUUAUGCUUCCAAUGCUGUACAAGAUCUUGCCCUGUUUAUUGGAGGAUGGAGAAUGCAGAGCAUUUGGUAUCAAGACAGCGUCUAGUCUAAUGCGGUUAUUCUUCAACUGCACCAUAUUCACACGAGCCAUGUUUAUCAGAUACUUUUGCUUUCCACGGGAUAUGUUUGAUCUGCGUACGCCUUUCUAUCCCAAUGAAAAGGGAAGAUACAUGCCGCACUAUACAGUCUAUCAUCCAGCUAUCUAUACUGAAGGCUAUCGUAUUGAAGAGCUUGGCCCUGAAAAGUUCAUGCCAAAAUGUCCUGUUUUCCAUGGAACGCCAUCAUCAUCGUAA